ACUUUUUUUCUGUCAUGAUCAUUCUUGUAUAAAUAGCUCAUGGAAUACUUUACCAUAUUAUCCACACUCAUCUAAUAACAAAUUCUCUCUUAAGCCAUUCUUCUAUAAACCCCACAAUUUUAAGCCAUGACGAUUCAAGAGAGACGAGUAGUUGAUGAAGUCUCUGGUUGGCUUAGGAUCUAUGAUGACGGUUCUGUGGACCGCUCAUGGGUAGGCCCACCCGAGCCAAAGUUUAUGGUCGAUCCCGUUUCGGCCCAUGAGGACUUCAUUGAUGGGAUUGCGGUCCAAGAUGUGGAUACGAAAAUGGGUCCUCGGGUCCGGGUAUUCAUGCCCGAAACCCGACCUAAGGAAGACACGAAUGAGAAGCUUCCUGUGAUCCUCCACUUUCCGGGUGGCGGGUUUUGCAUUAGUGAGCCUGAUUGGUUUAUGUACUAUGCGGUUUAUUCAAAGUUAGCCAAGUUAGGCCGGGCCAUUGUUGUCUCGGUCUACCUUCGACACGCUCCCGAGAAUCGGCUCCCGGCUGCUAUCGAUGAUGGGUUCUCAGCUCUUUUAUGGAUUACCUCUUUGGCCCGAGCCGAGACCCAUGAUUCAUGGCUUACGGGCCGGGCUGAUUUUAACCGAGUGUUUCUAAUUGGGGAUAGCUCCGGGGCUAACUUGGUCCAUGAAGUGGGGGCCCGGGCUGGAAAAACCGAUUUGUGCCCACUAAAAUUGGGCGGGUCAAUUCCAAUACACAUAGGUGCAUGUCGAUCCACAAGAAGCCGGUCCGAGUUAGAAAUGCCCCAAACCCCAUUCCUGACCCUAGACAUGGUGGACAAGUUUUUAAGCCUAGCUUUGCCAAUUGGGAGCACCAAGGAUCACCCAAUAACAUGUCCAAUGGGUCCCGCCGCGCCUCCGCUAAGCGGGCUCCAUUUGCCCCCAAUCUUGUAUUGUAUGGCAGAAAAGGAUUUGUUCAUUGACACUCAGACGGAAUUCCUUGAGGCCUUGAAGGAGGGUGGUAAAAAUGUGGAUGUCUUUGUGAGUAAAAAUAUGACUCAUAGCUUUUACCUAAAUAAAAUGGCAGUGGAUCAUGAUCCUGAGACUAAGGCCGAAACUGAAGGACUCUUUUAUGCUAUAAUUGAUUUCGUCAAAAGGCAUUGACUUAUAAACAGGGAUAUUAAUAUAUACGGAGUAGUUUGAUUUGAUAUUGUGAGUUGUGAAAUGUUGCUCUUCAUUUUAAGUAUGUUUGUGUUUCAUGGAAUAAUAAUCAUUACGUAGGUUGAAUGUGA